AUGCUCCUUCUCCUGCUCAGCUGUCUCCUGCCUGCCACCAAUGGGAAGAACUGCCUCCAAUGCUGGCAAGAGCUGCCUGCACUAAUAGAUUAUGACCUGCAGAUUCUUUGGGGCACCCCAGGGCCACCCGCAGAGCUCUCCCAAAGCCUCCAUUCCCUAUUCAUGAACAAUCAUUCUUCUCCUGAAAACUCAUACCUUGGUCAAGACCAUUUGGAGGAAGCAGCAGGAACAUUAUUCACUCACAUAGAUAAAGCCAUUAAGAAGCUUCGAGAUGAUAAACCAUCACUUCUGGAAGAGGUUCGUGUCCUGAAGCAGCAAUUUUCCAAGGAGCUGGAGGAUAUAUCUGAGGGGCUGAAGGAAAAGGCCUGCAAUGAGUCCUGUGACAUCCGCUCCACAUUGGAGAUAAUCAGUUGCACCACGUGCCAGAAACACUUCCUUACCUGCCAAGACCCUGCUCUCUGCCCAGCAUGGACUGGGAAGAACUUCAGGUGGGCUAUGGGCAUCGGCAUCGCUCUGCCCCUGGUGACCCUAGCUGGAGGUGGAUGUUACAUUUUCUGGCUCGAGAAGAAGAAAAAGAAGAAGGACAAGGAGGCACAAAAGGAAACCCUCCCUGGGUACCCUAGACCACAGAGGACUCUUGCUACACACAGCCUUCCUCGGCCCCUUUCUGCUCCAGCACCUGUCACCACUGAAAAGAGAGAAAUGGAAAGGAUGCCACAGUCAUCAGCAAUUGAAGCCACCACUAAUGGUGAGCAGGUGUGGUUCUGCUGGAUGUCAUCUGUUUGUCAGACUGACUCUGUGAAGCUGGACCUUCCUGCCUGUCUCCCUGCUAUAUCCCCAGCCCCCAGCAGCACACCUGACAGAUGCUCAAUCAAUACUUUUUGA